CUCCCCUCAACCCAUCUGGGCCAUGGCCGAGCGUGGUGGGACGGGCGGUGGUCCUGGAGGUGCUGGGGGCGGCGGCGGCGGCCAGCGGGGCUCUGGGGUCGCUCUGGCUCCACAGCAGCCACCGACGCCGCAGCAGCCGCCGCCGCAGCAGCCGACGCCCCCCAAACUGGCCCAGGCCACCACGUCGUCCUCGUCCACCUCAGCAGCAGCUGCCUCCUCCUCGUCCUCGUCCACCUCCACCUCCAUGGCCGUCGCCGUGGCCUCGGGCUCCGCGCCUCCCGGCGGCCCGGGGCCAGGUCGCACCCCCGCUCCAGUGCAGAUGAACCUAUACGCCACCUGGGAGGUGGACCGGAGCUCAGCCAGCUGCGUGCCCAGGCUGUUCAGCUUGACCCUGAAGAAGCUUGUCAUGCUCAAAGAAAUGGACAAGGAUCUUAACUCCGUGGUCAUUGCUGUGAAGCUGCAGGGUUCAAAAAGAAUUCUUCGCUCCAAUGAGAUCAUUCUUCCAGCUAGUGGGCUGGUAGAAACAGAGCUCCAGUUAACCUUCUCCCUUCAGUAUCCUCAUUUCCUUAAGCGAGAUGCUAAUAAGCUGCAGAUCAUGUUGCAAAGGAGGAAACGUUACAAGAACCGGACCAUCCUGGGCUAUAAGACCCUGGCUGUGGGACUCAUCAACAUGGCUGAGGUGAUGCAACACCCCAAUGAGGGUGCUCUGGUGCUCGGCCUACACAGCAACGUGAAGGACGUCUCCGUGCCCGUGGCAGAAAUAAAGAUCUAUUCCCUCUCCAGCCAGCCAAUAGACCAUGAAGGAAUCAAAUCCAAGCUGUCUGAUCGCUCUCCGGAUAUUGACAACUAUUCCGAGGAAGAGGAAGAGAGCUUCUCAUCAGAACAGGAAGGCAGCGACGACCCAUUGCAUGGGCAGGACCUGUUCUAUGAAGAUGAGGACCUCCGGAAAGUAAAGAAGACCCGCAGGAAGCUGACCUCCACCUCUGCCAUCACCAGGCAACCUAACAUCAAACAGAAGUUUGUGGCCCUCCUGAAGCGAUUUAAAGUCUCAGAUGAGGUGGGCUUCGGGCUGGAGCAUGUUUCACGGGAGCAGAUCCGGGAAGUAGAGGAGGACCUGGAUGAGCUAUAUGACAGCCUAGAGAUGUACAACCCCAGUGACAGCGGCCCUGAAAUGGAGGAGACCGAGAGCAUCCUGAGCACACCAAAGCCCAAGCUCAAGCCCUUCUUUGAGGGAAUGUCGCAGUCCAGCUCACAGACGGAGAUCGGAAGUCUCAACAGCAAGGGUAGCCUCGGAAAAGACACCACCAGCCCUAUGGAAUUGGCUGCUCUAGAAAAAAUCAGAUCUACUUGGAUUAAGAACACAGAUGACAGCUUGACUGAAACAGAGACUCUGGAGAUCACUGAUCAGGACAUGUUUGGCGACGGAAGCACCAGUCUUAUUGUUCCAGAAAAAGUGAAAACCCCCCUGAAGUCCAGCAAACCUGACCUCCAGGGCUCUGCCUCCCCCAGCAAAGUGGACAUGGCCCACACACCCCGGCAGAAGAGGAGCACCCCCCUGAAGGAGCGACAGCUCUCCAAGCCCCUGAGCGAGAGGACUAACAGCUCUGACAGUGAGCGCUCGCCCGACCUGGGCCACAGCACACAGAUUCCAAGGAAGGUGGUGUAUGACCAACUGAAUCAGAUCCUGGUGUCAGAUGCUGCCCUCCCAGAAAAUGUCAUCCUUGUGAACACCGCUGAUUGGCAGGGUCAGUACGUGGCAGAGCUGCUCCAAGACCAGCGGAAGCCCGUUGUGUGCACCUGCUCCACCGUGGAGGUCCAAGCCGUACUGUCAGCCCUGCUCACCCGCAUCCAACGCUACUGCAACUGCAACUCAUCCAUGCCACGGCCGGUGAAGGUGGCCGCGGUGGGAGGCCAGAGUUACCUGAGCUCCAUCCUCCGCUUCUUCGUCAAAUCCCUGGCCAGCAAGACCUCCGACUGGCUAAGCUACAUGCGAUUCCUCAUCGUUCCCCUUGGUUCUCAUCCUGUAGCCAAAUACCUGGGCUCAGUGGAUAGCAGAUACAGCAGUACCUUCCUUGAUUCCAGCUGGAGAGACUUGUUCAGUCGCUCAGAGCCCCCCGUGGCAGAGCAACUGGACGUGGUGGGACGUGUGAUGCAGUACGUCAACGGGGCGAGUGUGACACACCAGCUCCCCGUGGCUGAAGCCAUGCUGACCUGCAGGCAUAAGUUCCCUGACGAAGACUCCUAUCAGAAGUUUAUCCCCUUCAUCGGCGUGGUGAAGGUGGGUCUGGUGGAGGACUCUCCGUCAACGACAGGUGAUGGGGAUGACUCACCUGUGGUCAGCCUGACAGUGCCCUCUACAUCACCGCCAUCCAGCUCGGGCCUGAGCCGGGAUACCACAGCCACCCCUCCUUCCUCCCCAUCCAUGAGCAGCGCCCUCGCCGUCAUGGGCAGCCCCAACAGCCCUUACGGGGAUGUGAUCGGCCUCCAGGUGGACUACUGGCUGGGCCACCCGGGUGAGCGGAGGCGGGACGGCGACAAGAGGGACGCAAGCUCCAAGAAUACCCUCAAGAGUGUCUUCCUCUCGGUGCAGGUGUCCCGCCUGCCCCAUGGCGGUGAGGCCCAGCUUUCUGGCACCAUGGCCAUGACUGUGGUCACCAAAGAGAAGAACAAGAAAGUUCCCACCAUCUUCCUGAGCAAGAAGCCUCGAGAGAAGGAGGUGGACUCAAAGAGCCAGGUCAUCGAGGGCAUCAGCCGCCUCAUCUGCUCCGCCAAGCAGCAGCAGACCAUGCUGAGAGUAUCCAUCGAUGGAGUCGAGUGGAGUGACAUCAAGUUCUUCCAGCUGGCUGCGCAGUGGCCCACCCAUGUCAAGCACUUUCCAGUGGGACUGUUCAGUGCUAGCAAGACCACCUGA